AUGGUCGACUCGCAGUUAUUAAAUGAUUUUCGUGAUCGCAUACAAGACUUAGGUACCACAUAUUCAAUUAGCGUAAAAAAUAUGAAAACUACUGAUGACGAACUUGACAGAUUAGAAGCUGAGCUGGAGGCUGCUGCAAACCGUCUCAAAGAGGAACUAGAUAAGCAGCUGAAAAUGGUACUCGACAAAACAAGAAUGAAUAAACCACCACCAGGAGCAGGACCAGAAGAUCCAGAGUAUAAGAAAUAUAAAUCUCUUUUGGAAAACGUGGUGGCAGGUAUCAAUAAUACAACCAGUUGGCUUGUAUCAAUCUUUCAAAGAAUUCAGGGAAUCAUUGGUAGCAUCAUUGAUAAAAUAAAGAAAAAGGCAUCCGAUAUUAUUGAUUGUAUCACGAAGUGGUUUCAACACUUGGUUAACAUACCCCUUUAG